AAUAUAAUUAAAAUCUGUAUAGUAUGAUAGAUUAAAACAAAAACACGACGUGAUGUAAAGAUCACAAAGAGUAUUCCUUGAUAUUAAAAUAAGAAAUUUCAUAAGAUUAACUGCAAAAAAAGUGUAUAAUAGCCUUUAUAGCAACAAACAAUACAUUAAUUUAAAAACAUUACGGAUAAAUAGUAGACUACCAUCCAAUAUAAAUAAUAAAAAUGAAUCAGGCGAAGAUUGAUAAGUUAGUUUCUAGGUUAAGGUACAAUGUUGGACCAAAACCACGCAAAUUAAAGAAUGUAGAUGGUCCAGAAGGAAGAAUCCGAAAAAUUAAAAAGACAUUAACUGCUGUAAUUAAAUAUGAAAGGAUUGAGUUAAAUUAUGCAAGGGCAGAUGAGACAAGAGGUUAUGUUGAACGAUUAAUAUCAGAAGCCUUACGUCAUGGUCCUCAACAUACAGAAACAAUGGAAUUAGCAAAUUUCUGGAUAACAGAAAAACAACUUAUCCAUAAACUUUUUAAGGUUCUUGUACCAAGAUAUCAAAACUAUACAACUUCAUUUACAAAACUUCAUAAUGCACCAUAUAUAUAUCCGGGCUAUGCAUAUAAAAGGGCUGUUUUAGAAUUGAAAGGGAAUGUAUAUCCCGCUAUAGAACAAUCCAACCCAUAUCAAUAUAAUUUACUUCACAAUAUAUUACUGGACGCAGCUAGAAAAGAGUACAGAAUGGAAAAGUAUAAAGAAAUAGCUGCUAACUUGAAUGUUUAGAGUGUAUGUAAAUGUUUUAUUACUAAACGAUAUAAAAAAUAUCCAAUAUCAAUAUAAAUUAGUAAAUAACAUUGAUUUAGCCUACUAUUA